GCGGAGGACCUCGAGUCGGCGGAGGACCUCGAGUCGGUGCAGACGCCAAUGACGAUCGUCGACCCCGAGAUGGGCGUGUGGCCAAAAGACGCGCCCGAUGCAGAGGAGCUCGUCGAGCUCACUUUCGAUGGCGCGCGCUGCGUCGCCGUCAACGGGAAGCGGCUCUCCCCGCUGGAGGUGAUCUCGCUCGCGAACACGAUCGGAGGACGCAACGGCCUCGGCAUCUCGCACGCGCUCGAGAACCGGAUCAUCGGCACCAAGUCGCGCGGCGCGGUCCUCGACAGACGGGCGGCGGCGCUCUUCGCGCACCUCUCCUCCCUCGUCUCGAACCAGAUCUACGACGGCCGCUGGUUCGACCCGGCGACG